CAGGGGUGUAAAGGUGACUGUAGGGGUGUUAUUUCAUGUCUAGAAGGCUCUAAUACUGUUCUAAAAUGUAUUUUAAACAGGUUUUGUAUGCUCUAACUACAAAAAUAUUCCAUUCAUAAAUAAGGAAUCCUACUUUGAACAAAUUCACUUAUGAAUGUCUGGUGUGGACCCGAUUUAGGGGAAUUCUUUUGUGGGGACAAUAUGAAUUGUGGGGCGGUGAAUGAUGAAUCGUGAAUGUGCGGAGAUCCAUUGUGUACUCCACUGUUAGUCAUUUUUCCUGCAGCAGGCCUCAAUGUCUUGGCAAAUCCAGGCUACUUUUUCAGAAAUCUAAUCAGAUAUUUGCUCUCCGGAAACAGAUGGACUGACAGAUUUGAAUGUAAUUCUGAGAUCCUGCUGCAAAGGAUGAUUAAACAGAGAAUUGUUUGCAUUUCAGCAGUGGAUCAGUAAACAAAUAAUGAUGAUGUGUUAUUUCCUCAUUCAUUUUCUCGCUGGAAAUCUUAGUUUGCUCCUCACAUAGGAGACAGGUAAGUCCUAAACGACGUACUGCUUAUCACUCACGUGUGGAUAAAGUCAGUUAAAGAUGUUUGUGCACGGACCAGAUUGAUAUGUUCAUGCAUAUGCAUCGAGCCGCAGGCCGCUGUAAUCGCGUCACAUUUGUCACAAUAACGAACACGGAGACGCGGACGCACUGUGAAAUAAAUGAUGCCAUUUUAAUUACUCUCCUUGCUAAAGCUGCGCAACUAUUUCUUAACAACAAUCAAUGCUAAAUAUGUCCUGUCAUAUAUUUGUGACUACUCAACGAUUGUUAAGUUUUUUCAUGGAACACUCGGAACCGCAGGUUCCCCCCCACUGCUCUACUUGCUGACCCCAGUGCUGUACGCCCCGUGGAGAGGAGACGUUUUCACAUUAACUUGUCUUGUUUAAUGUCUCACUUUGGCCGGUGAAAAAGUGACCACGAAUGCAAACUCAACAUCAAGAACUUUGUGUCCCACCCGAGGAAAGAGCUGCUCCAGGUGAGUCUUACUCCUAAAAAACAACAAAAAACCCAACAGCAACAACAACAAAAAAAGAGUAUUUGGGGUUUUAGACCUUAAGGUAAGGUUCUGGAGAGGAGGAUCCUCCACAUAGUUGUAUCUUGGAUUCAUGAGGAGCAGUGUGGUUUUCAUCGGUCGUGGAACUGUGGACCAACUCCACACCCUCAGCAGGUUCCUUGAGGGUGCAUAGGAGUUUGUAUUUUGUGUACUUGGAGAAAGCCUUCAACCGUGUUCCUCGAUAAAUUCUGUGGGGAGUACUCCAGGAAUAUGGGCUACCACACCACCUGAUACAGGCUGUUCGUUCCCUGUAUGACCGGUGUCAGAGUUUGGUUGACAUUGCUGGCAAUAAGUCGGACCCAUUUCCAGUGAGGGUUGGACUCCUCCAGGGCUGCCCUUUGUCACCGAUUCGGUUCAUUACUUUUAUGGAUAAAAUUUCUAGGUGCGUUGGUGGCUGCAGGAUUGGGUCUCUGCUUUUUACAAAUGAUGUGGUCCUGCUGGCUUCAUCAAGCCAUGACCUUCAACUCUCACCAGAUCGGUUCACAGCCCAGUGUGAAGCAGCUGGGAUGAGAAUCAGCACCUCCAAGUCAGAGUGGUUCUCGCUCGGAAAAGGGUGGAGUGCCAUCUCCGGGUCGGGGAUGAGAUCCUGCCCAAAGUGGAGGAGUUUAAGUACCCCGAGGUCUUGUUCACGAGUGAGGGAAGAAUGGAACGCGAGAUCGACAGGCGGAUUGGUGCGGCAUCUGCAGUGAUGCAGACUCUGCAUCGGUCCGUUGUGGUGAAGAGGGAGCCGAGCCGAAAGACAAAGUUCUCAAUUUACCAGUCCAGCCAUGUUCCUACCCUCACCUAUGGUCAUGAGCUUUGGGUAGUGACCGAUAGGACAAGAUCGCAGGUAAAAGCGGCCAAAAUGAAUUUUCUCCGUGUCGUGGCUGGGCUCUCCCUUAGAGAUAAGGUGAGAAGCACUGUCAUCUGGGAGAGACUCCUCCGCAUUGAGAGGAGCCACAUGAGGUGGCUCAGGCAUCUGGUCAAGAUGCCUCCCGGACGCCUCCCUGGGGAGGUGUUCAGGGCACGUCCAACCGGUAGGAGGACUCAGGGAAGAAUCAGGACACAUUGGAGACACUACGUAGUUCAACUGGCCUGGGAACACGUCGGGAUCUCCCGGGAGGAGCUGGAUGAAGUGGCUGGGGCAAGGGAAGUGUGGCCUUCCCUGAUCAGGCUGCUGCCUCCUGCGCCCCGAUCUCGGAUAAGAGGAAGAAGAUGGAUGGAUGAAUGGAAAAUUGAGACUUUUUUUCCUCAUUAGAUUACGACUUUUUCAUCUUUAUACUUUUACUUUAUUCUUGUCAAAUUACAGCCAUUUUAUACAUAACUCCUUCUAUCAGGAGGUGAUGGAAGAGGAGCGACCAUGGGCGUUGGUGUCGGAGGUGGGGGGCGAGUUCGGCCUCCUGGAGGACAUGGCUGACAUCAUCAGGCAACACUUCCACAUUGUUUGCUACAAGGACUUCCUUCAAAACCCGCAGCUUCACGCUCCCAGGAUCCAGGUCCUGCUAAUGUGGAAGUACUACCCAGAGGCGGAGCUCAACCUGUUAAGGUCGCUGCCCUUCCUCAAGGCUGUCGUCAGCGGCGGGGUGGGUGUCGACCACAUGGACGUGCGCUCCAUCAACGACCUCGGGGUGAAGGUGGCCAACACGCCUGGUGUGGUGAGUGAUGCCACUGCGGACUUAGCUGUGGGUCUGCUUCUGGCCUCCGCGAGAAACAUUCUUGAGGGUCAUCAAAUUUCCGUCGACAAGGGCACGUUCCGCAUGCCUCAAAGCUUCAUGGGAGUGGAAGUGACAGGGUCGACUCUGGGAAUCAUCGGAAUGGGGGAGAUCGGCUACAAGAUCGCUCAGCGAUGCAAAGGCUUUGAAAUGAAGAUCCUCUACCACAACAGAACCAAAAGGAGCGUGGAGGAUGAGCGAGUCGUCGAAGCCAAUUACUGCCAGAGCCUGAGCGACCUGCUGAGGAGGUCGGACUUUGUCUUGCUCGCCGUCAAGCUGACCUCCGACACCAGCGGCCUCAUCAGCCACAAAGAGUUGUCGCUCAUGAAGCCUUCUGCCACGCUGAUCAACAUCAGCCGAGGUCAAGUUGUGGACCAGGAGGCUUUAGUCCAAGCCCUCCACACGGGAAGCAUCCGCGCUGCCGCUUUAGAUGUGACUCAUCCAGAACCGUUACCGAGGGACCAUCCUCUGCUGGGGCUUCCUAACGUGCUCAUCACCCCCCACAUCGGAAUCAGCACCGUGGCGACAGCUAAGAGGAUUGUAGGCUGCAUGGUGCAAAAUGCUGUGGCUGCAGUAAAAGGCCUUCCUCUUCCCAAUGAAGUCAAGAUGAAGUGAUUCAAGCUCGCUGCAUUAUCCUGUUGGGAAAAGAACCACAAAUUGCUGUCUCUUCUGAAAAUAUGUGCAAAUGCUAAAGAGAAACAAAAGUAAAAAAGCUUUUCAAUCAUGACAAUCCGCUGAUACAAAGCCAAUAUGAGCAAUGACAGACAGCAGUGAUUCAUCCACACGUCCCACAGCAGCCUCAAUUUUUCUUCCUAGACAUCAAAGAACAGUGACAGCGGGGAUGGGGGGGCUUUAACAGUCCCUCACUAUAUCACAUUCAGGUAUAAAUUCAUUAUGGUUGUAAACAAACAAGUAAACAACAAUUAAUGGCAAAUGCAUUCACAUUUAAUUUGAAUGAAGUUCAACCAACACUUCAGGUUGAAUUAACCAUGAAUGAAUUAACAGGUUGAAUUAAAUCAAGUCUGUGAUUCAUUCUAUCUGACAAAACAUCACUUGAACUGUAAUUUCAUGCCUUAUUCACCUCCCUCCCCCAAGUAUUAAAGAAGUUAGAGCAAAUUUCAUAGUGGGAAGUGGUGCCUUUGGUUCCCAUUGCUUUAACAUUGAGUCAAGACAAAAUCUGUGAUUGACCCACUACAAAAUACAUCAUAAAUUAGGCGGUGACAUUUGUUUUACAAGUCAACAGAAUAGCCAUAUACAUUUUUGUGAUCAUCAAAAAGUCUGGGAAGUAAAGCAAGUGUCAUUUCACUUGGGCCUCACUACACACACCACACUACUAACUGCAUGUACACAAUAAUUCCGGGGCAAAAUUAACAUAUUUAAUCAGAUUUUAUUGAAAUUUCAUCUGUAGAUAGAUAGAUAAAGUGAAUGUAUAUCAUACAUAUCUUUUAUCUUGUCCUGAAGCGCCGAUCCAUGAGUUUCAAAGGCUUAAAGUGGGGUUCAACUUUCGAUGUGACUCGAUGUGGUCCAACACUAUAUGAAUAUAAAGUACAUAAGUAUAAAUCCACUAUAUAAAGCGUGGCAAUGACAUCACAGAAAAACUGAAUGGAGUAAGCGCCCGAGGUGCAGGGCGUCUAGAAUGGCAUAGAAUGGCAACACGGCCGAGAAGGACAUGCCAUGGCUCAGAUCGAACUGAAAAAAAGUUUCUCCUCUCAUUCCGCGUGGGAGUGGUAAGUUUUCGGCUUCUUAGUCCUUCUUCUCCACUCCGUUUGAAACACUUUAAGUUUUGAAAAAUGUAAUUGGAGAGGCUAACUACCGGUAGUUAGCUCGCUAGCUUGCUAUGCUAGCAGCAGCCGUCUGUUAUGUCCCUACGGUGAUCCUGUAGCCUUUGCAAUGUGAUGUAAACAAAGAAUAAUAGGAGUAUAAAAGUGACUAUAUGUUAUUUCAUGUCUACAGGGCUCUGAUAAUCUUCGCCCUCUUGUCUCUCACCACCUCCAAUAAAGUCACCUCAACACACACUACAACACUUCCAGCCUUCAAAAUAAUAGCACAUCCUGUGGGGGUGCUACCAAAUAAGGGUGUCACAAAAAAUAGCUUACAUGCCUCCCCCCCAACAAAAUCAAACGUCCUCGUUUACUCAGUAAUGUAAACUCAAAUAGUGGCACAUAGAACACAAACAUCUGCAAUUGACAUAUCCCACAGACAUGUUUGAUCUUUUUUUUUUUUACUUGCCAUAUACAGCAUAUAAACAGUAAAGGUGCAUAACGGCCCUUGAGAAAAAGAAAAAAAAAACAAACAAAAACAAUAUUACACACAAUCACAAAAGAACGGCAAAAGAACAUAACCACCAGGCCUCAAAGGUAGGUAACA